AUGCCAUGGAGGAGCUAUGCAAUCGCCGAUCGUCUGCAGAACGCAGCAUUCCCUGAUCCAGUACUGGUAGGAAAGCGACCCAAUCCACUCGUGUUUUGCUUUGCUGGUCAAGGCCCGCAUCACUGGCAGCAAGGACGUGACUUCAUGACUAGCUAUUCUGUCUUCCGCGAGAGCGUCUAUGCAUGCGAUCGCGCGUAUUCGGCGUAUACUGGCAGAUCCUUCUUGGAAGAGACUGGGCUAUUUGCCGCCGAUCCUCCAGCAUCGUCCCCUCUUGCCGACAGCUCUACUUGGCCCGUGUAUAUCAUAUCGGUCUCCAUGACGUUCUUCCAAAUUGCCCUGUUCGACCUCUUGACAUCUCUCGGAAUCAAGCCAAAUGCGAUGGUUGGGCCCUCCGUCGGAGUGACGGCUGCCAUGUAUGCCAAUGGAGCCAUGCCACGAGAAAUGGUCAUAGAAAUUGCAGUCGCUCGUGGGCGAGCCCUUGACGUGGUCGACAAUACGGGAAAUGCUAUGGUCGCGGUUUCUGGCUGCGACACGGAUACCGUUCGUGGCUAUUUCUACUUGGCUGCUCCCCUUAGCGCCACGGAUAAUGUCUUCUCUGCACCAGAGGUUCUCAUCGAUCUGUUCACCAAGUACGUCGACACCUGUGUAAAGGAUGUCAUCACGCGCAAGCUGCCCGUAACUACGGGGGUGCAUUCGCCUUUAAUAGAUCCUUGCGAGGAGACCUACCGUUCAGAGCUUGCCGAAAUCUUCUCUCGCUUCGCAGGUCCAUUCGUCCCUUCUAUUCCCACUAUGUCCAUGGUGACAGGUGGGUUCCAAACCGGGGAGUAUACCAUGGAAUACCUCUGGGAUAAUCUGAAGAAGCCUAUUCUGUUCGCCUCUGCCAUUUUGGGCCUCGUGGGUAAGUUCGGAGAACAUACGACGUUUGUUGAGGUCUCACCUCAUCCAGUUCACACUCUAGUACGUCUAGCAUUCGAACAUUUAUCAUUACUUUAA